AUGGGGCGUUUGCUUCAAAAGCCAUACAGGAACUAUUUUUAUGUACUUGUGAUAGUAAUCUCUGUAACAGAUGCCUCAAACGGUAUUUAAAAUAUGCGAGAAUUCUUUGGCAAGUGCUUACGAGUUACGAUGUUUUUUGACUUGUACUUAGUUAUCUAAAUAUUGAUUUUUUUUUCUUUCUUCCCCCAAAUUCCAUAACCAAAAGUCGUCGAUGUGCGUGGAAAAAUUCUCAGCCGCAAUAGAGGACUGGCUUAUGCCAAGUUCAAAGCUCACAAAUUUUCCUACCUAAACAUCACUGGCAUUGGUUCAAGUUAUGUUCCCGAUGGCGUUGAGUGUGGACUUGCUUGUGUCAGCAUACCUUCAUGCUUCUCCUUCAACCUGGCUGCAUUUCAUGACAUCAUUGGUAAACUGCUGUGUGAAUUACUUCCAUCAGACAUGUACAACAACUCGGACAAGUUUGCCGCCAGUCACAGUCACCAUCACUUCAGUGUCACAGUAAGUUAAAAAUCUCAACGUAGUUUACAAUUUCAACAACAUUUAAAUAAGGAAAAAUGAGACAGGAAACACGAAAAGGGAGUAUCUGAGUUCUAUUUCCACAGAGUUCUUGGAGACAUAUCAUUUAAUAGAAGCACUGUUCUUAUUCCGGCUGUAAAAAUGCUUCACGAAAUGACUUGAGCACCCAUCAAUUUACCCAUAGAGGAUUUAUUGAAUCUUUCUGAACAUAAGCUUGCGAGGAGGUACAGUUAAUUCAAGUAGAGGAACGGAUUGUGAUGAAUUACUGAAUAAGCCUCUAAGCUAUCAGCCUUGACACAUCUUAAAUCAGGUUUUGAAUUAAUUUUCUCCUAGCGAAAUUAAGUUGUAGUUCUCACGUGACUGUCAGGUUGCAUUUCUGUAUGACUCAAAAAUCGGGGUUACUGGUAUAUUAGUUAUUUCAUUCCAAAAAUAAUAGAUUUAAUUUGAGCCACACAAAAAAAAAGAAGCCAGAAAAAAGAGGAGUUUAAACUUCAAUCCUCCUUGUCCCUAAGUUGUGAUCGGAAGGUGUGCCGUGUUUCGUUUGUCUCUUUAGUCUCCUUGCAUCAGUUGGCCUUGUCAAAACACAGGAACUUGUGCUUCGCAGUACGAGGAAAACAACUACGUGUGUCUUUGUGCGAAAGGAUACAAAGGGAAACACUGUGAAAUCGGUACGAAAUUAAACCGUUAAUUAAACUGGCUUAAAGAACUCUUCACCUGUAAGGUUUCCUGCCAACAGUUUAAUUAAUACUACCGUUUCAUUACCUUGAAAAGGAAUCAAUUCGUAAAUUAUAAUUAUCUGAAGACGAAUUUUCAAACCUCUAUCUGCAAACAAGUGCCGAUAAAAUUGAAACGCUUGAAAGAUACUAUUUCAUUGUUUUGGUUCGUUUGUUUUUUUUUUUUUUUUCGUUUUAUAUUUUUUGCUGCAUUAUUAAUAAAUUGGACGCAUUUUACGUAUAUUUUGAACAAUUUUUCGCUAAAGCCCUGGGCUUUUCAAGUAUUUCGUUAGCUGAAACUUAUCAAGGAUAUAAUUAUUCUUUUCUCUAAUUUAUAGAUUUCUCUUAGUGUUCAUUAAGUUGUCAAAAGUGUAUUUUUGUCAUUCAUUUCUAGAAAUUGAUGAAUGCUCUCAGGGCUCGCACACUUGCGAUGUCAAUGCUUAUUGUAACAACACUGUGGGAUCCUACAGAUGCACUUGUAAGCCACACUAUUAUGGAAACGGAGAAAUCUGUUAACCUUUUGGUAAGCUUUGAAUUAUAAAGUUAUGCUUGGUAAUAGAGCGGUAAAUUCGUUCGCUCAACUCAGUUAAUUUCUUCAUGUGCAAUACAAAAUAGUUCGGAGAAUUUGCCAAUAUCCUUGAUGAUAAGAGAUGCGGAACGACCCAUUUUGAAUCAGUUGCGGAUCGAGGUUCUAAAAUGAGCUGCCUAAUUUACUUAAUUCCUUGGUAGGCGCAUCAAAUCUGCGAGAGAAAAAAGUACACCAGAGAAAUUCUCUACACUUAGUCAAAGGACAGAGAUAAAGCAACCAAACAAACGCGUUCAUGUGUGGGCUGUUUUUUUUUCACAUCUUAAAGUGGAUGUUGCCAUUGCAUCUUUAUAAGCUUGGUACCCUGUUCCUUUUGGCAUCUUUGAAGUAUUUCAUUGCUUAGUUACAAGUCACACCCACCUAGCUAGCCUUGUCUAAGUCGAGGUGAUUCCUCAGAAAAAAAAAGUUAUCGAACAUUUUUUUUAAUCGAUGUCUGUUUUGAAAAAUACAAUGAAAAAGAUUGGUCACCGUGCUAGUUUAAGUGAUAUGAUGGGCCAAACUUAUCCCAUUUAUGCCUGUACUGGCACCAAUUACGGGGUUUUUUCAUCCCUUCACAGAGCAUUUUGCGGUAGCUGGAGGCAAGGGAUUUUAAAGUAACACUUGAAACAAACAUGAUAGGUAGAAAGUAUCGCGAGUAUGAAAUAAUUUGAUGUAUACUUUGUGGAAAAAUCACGCAAUUUUAAACGACAUUGACUUAAAACGUUCCUCGAGUCGUUGCUCUCUAGGUCAUAAUUUGCAUCCCCGAGUAACGGGCUUCAUGCAAGCUUUUAGCUACAUCUUUUCUUUCCCUUCGACGAUUUUUAAAAUUUCUUCAACUUAAAGGGGAUAAUUUGUUCUCCAAAAUUAUGCAAUGCAAAAUAUAGGUGACCGUGCUCGUUCAAGAGCUAAAGACCAUCGUACUUCUUUACCCGGUCAAUGGAUUGAAAAACGAUACCGUGUUCUCGGAAUGCGCGCGCGCUCAUUCCCCUGAUUACUCGAUUUUUCUACACAAUACGGGAUGCGCGGUACAAAAUUGAGGAAUUACCUUAAGGUAAAAGGAAAGUUGUCAUCCAGCAUUACGACUAUCUUAUAGCCAUCGAUUUCCAUUGACGUAAGUGAUAAACUGAAGAUCCUAAUUAUUUUUCACUGUCGAAUAGCUCUGAAUGCAUCCGCCAUUCUCAGGAAACUUGACUACAACAAGUACCUGGGAAUAUUGAGGUCUUAUUUGAGUCCAGUUCUCAUGGAUUUAGACCACAGUGUAUUCGUGAGAUGCUGGCAUGCCAAGACAGACGGAUGGGCGGCAGCGACAUUUCACAACAACUGCGAUGGAAAGGGACCCACAGUGACAAUCAUCCAGGUUAACUCUCACAUAUUUGGUGGAUAUACUAAUGUACCAUGGAGUGGUAAGUAUUGAAAGUAAAUUUAAAUAUUUCCUCAUAAGGAUGAGCAGUAGGUCAGUUGUUUCCACGACGACUGCCAGAGCAAAUAAAGAUAAAUUCAUACCUGCAAGAUAAAAUAACCAAGAACGUUUCAAACACUGGUCAGUUUUAGAUUUUCACAUAUUUUAUUUGAUUAUUUGAUUUUCCUACUAUUUACAGAUAAAUUUUUAUAAUUCUCUUUUUUUUUUAACCAUUAAAUCAACUCUUUAGACAAUCUUUUCCAACUACAGUGAAAAUGAACAUCAAACACUGAGAUUCUGCUAAUAUGAGCGGGUGAUGAUGUAGAAUUUCACUUGUAUCAUUUCGGAUUUACUGUUUAUCCAGUCGCAUGAGCAGAGCUUUAAAAAGCUGUCGUGAACCUUUUCCCUUAAUCCUCAUGACAAAUUUUAAUGCUGUUUUUUAUCGACUUAAAUUCAAUAUUUAUGGUUUACCAACAGGGAACCCGUGCCGUUACGUUUCAGGCAACAAGUCCUAUAUCUACUCGCUUCACAAUAUCAAUGGAUAUUCACCGGUGAAACUCACUCAAAGUGGUUAUUCCAAUCUUAUCAUGUAG